GGGGGCUAGACGAGAGGUGCGCGCUGUGUCAGAAGAGCUGGGCGCCCAAGGAAUCCGGCAGCAUCGGCGGUCAGUUUUCCUCAUUUCGCAUAAUUUGCAGAUCUGACGGCUUUGAGCAUUGUGUACGAGGACUCAGGGAUGGUACACGUGAGCGACGAUGCCUAAAACUUGCUGUGUACCGGGUUGUCGCUCCGGUUACAGAGGUACGAGCGAAAAGGUAUCGUUGUUUUGUUUACCAAGUGACGCCGAUGAGCGGGAGAAGUGGAAACGUGCAAUACCGCGACAGGAAGCUGGCGGAUUUACAUUUGACUCUCAACACGUCCGAGUGUGCGAAAAACAUUUUGACGCCACGGACGUCGUUCGAAGCGACGAGUUCGUAGUGAAAGGAGACGCGGUGUCGUUGCAACGCGAGAAGGUCAAGUUGCGGCCCGGCGCCGUUCCUAGACUUUUCGAAGGGCUGCCGGUGUAUUUGAGCAAGCCGAAGCCGCGAUCCCGGUCAACGAGGAUUAAGCCAGCAGCAAAAAGGCGUCGUUUGUCGUCGCCCGACGCUACAGGAGAAGAAAUUCUACCCUGCUCAAGGACGGAAACAUCCGAUAGAACCGUGGCUGGCAAUAAAGAUGCGACAGUGGAUGCAGCCUGCCAAACAGAAGAGGUCGUCUGCUCCUUUUCGGAGUUGCAGGCAGUCAAGGGCCAGCUUCGGAGCACGACUCAGCGACUCCGCCGGUGCCAGAUGAAGCUCGCGAAGAUGACCACCGUAGCAAGCAGACAAAAAAGGUUGGAUCAGGAAAUUCUGAAGCUAUCUGCUCGCGAAAAGCUGAUAUUUGAUCAGUGCCUGAUGAAAGCAAACGCGAAGUCUGCAACAGCGGUGAGGUAAGCUACUGAGACGUGGACAAAUGCGGUAUUAAUCAAUGAGUUGCGUUCUUCGUCCUUCAAUACUUA